CUUUGGCUGCUCCUGCUGUAAUUCCAUUCGAAUGGACAGUCAACGUUACAAGAGAAUUAAUUCGACUUCGACGUGAUAAUCAUGACAAUAUUGAGUUCAUUCCUAACAAUCGCCAUGAAAGGAUAUGA